UACUGCGGCUGUGUCCCCGAUACAGCCAUACCCAAUAAUUUUCUGCUUCCGCUGACCGCCCGAUUCUUGACAUAUAAUUCGUUGUGGGUUUGUACGAUUCUGAAUUCGCGAUGUUGCAUCCGCACAGCCGUUUGUAGCUCCCUGUAAUGUGCUUAGUUAAAACGAGCAUUAAAACUGCGCAGCGCAGCUCAAGUGUUGAAAGAAAACCUGGCACAUUUGACGCGUGAGGCGCGCUGGUGCUUGAGCGCGUGUGCUAGCGCUGCAUGGAGCUUCUUCGUUGUCCUCUUUGAAGGAGGCACAUCAAAGGCAACAACUGCAACAAAGAAGAAGAACAAGGUGCUGUGUUCUUGGCGGGCUAUGAGACGAAGGUGCGACAGCUUUUCUUCCUAGGAAGCAGUGUCGCGUCAGUCAAGAAGGGUUUGAAGCUGUCGGCAGAGAAAUCGUCGCAGGAUUUCUUGCCAACAAAGUAACGGAAGGAGCGAAAAUCGUUCAAGGAGCAGUUUUUACAAGAGACGGAGCGCUGUCCCUGUUCCUGUGAAAGAAGCGUCUUAUGAGGAGACAGGCCGCGGAUGAGAAGAAUACUACAAGCGUCAAGGCAACUGACUCCCAAUCUGCAAAGGCACGAUGCAGGCCACUGCGGCUUUGGGCAAAAAGGGUGAGAACGUUAGCCCCGACAUGGCUGCCGGCCAGCAACCGGAAGCUUGCCGCUUUCCGGAAGCUCCGCAAUCCGAACAAGCGCCUGCUUCACAAGGUGUCGGCUAUGCACAGGACCCCGGUUACCCGCGACCUGUCGAAUAUCCAGAACCACCCAAAUAUCCAGAAAUGUAUGCCUAUCCGCAGGCUGCGAGCUAUGCUGAGUUGCACCCGCAGGUGCAAGCCUACCCGCAAGCUCAAAACUAUUCAGCGGCUUCCGACUUUCAACCGGCACCUGCUCAUCCGCAGACUUCUGGCCAAGCAUACGUCCAGGGCUUGCCGCCAGCCAUGGACUCAUCCAGCAACAUGUACUACAGUGCCGCUAGGAACGACAUCCUUGCACAAGCACCAUGGGGCGCAGCUUUCUACUACACCGAGCCACUGGCAAACGUCGGCGCUCCUUGGCAGGCUGAACCAACGCACUGGAUACAGGGCAAUCGAAAGCAGAGUUUCAUGUGGCUCGAAGGCGCGCCCGCUCGCUGCGGGGUCCAAGGGUGUUGUCGAAACUGCUGCGGUGAAUGCUGCGCACGGGCGGACGCCGGCCGUUGGGAUCGGCGAACGCGGGAGCGAGCGUCCAUGCUACGCAGGCCUUGUUUCAGCAGAUCAUGGCCUACUGUGCACACCACCCCUUGUGUAACAGCGUCGUGUUCUGCGCUGUGCCUGCCACGACACCGGUGGUCCAGUGGUGGAAGCAUGAUCACCAGAAGCCUUUCCUGGCCGCUGCUCCGAGGUUCGUACGGGCAGCUCGAGACAGAUUUUGCAGCUGAUCCUUUUUCUUGGGACACUCACGAAUCUCUGUCGACUUGCCAUUACGCGCCAUCAAGGCAUUUCGUGGAGCCUACAUUUGAAUCUUUCGUGACUCAAGUCACGGAAGAAUGCACGGCGCCCGUCUGCCGGCGUGUCGUCUCGGUGCCUUCCGCGUUAAAUGCCCCCUACUCAUCUCCCGCGGGGAGCUGGGCCAGCUACAGCCUGCCGACUUGCUACGAGCCUCCGCCUCCGCCGCCGCCCCCGCCUCCAAGCAAUACGAACGUGCGGAGCACUGUGUCCUUCAGCAGCAUGCAGGACAAGCAGCCGCCACUGCAGCCGUCGUCGUCCUCGCUUGACAUGCUGUGUCGGAUGUCGUCGUACCAGGAGGACAAGAGCCGAGGCAGACCACAGAAACCGGUUACAGCAACAACCACAAGAACUGUGGCAACGGAAGUCGAGUUCCGCUUUGCGCAACCAGGGACAGACAGGCGGAGCGUGGGCGUGAUGACGAGCUACGUGCCGCGCGAGGUCGGCAGGAGAACUGGGGGCACCCACUACGAGACAGCGCCUUCCGACGAAGCCAUCAUCGCCGACCAUGAACAGAACGAACUAAGCGGGCCUGAAUCAGCCCUCGAGUUGAAGGGCGGGGCGCCGCUCGGCGACCAGUCAUCCUCGGAGCACGGCUGGUACCAGCCCCUUCAUAUUGUGUCCAAGGACUCGUACGGCACAGAGGACUCCACACUGAAGUUUUUCGACUUCGCGUGGGGCGCCCCUCGGCGCGGACCAGCGCGGAGCACCGGCGCAGCCCGUACGAUACGUGCUACCGCCGACGAGGAUGAUAGUCUCGAAGUGAACCCUUUCUCGUGGUCUUCGAAAGAACUGCUCAUAAAGCACGAGCCGACCACAACCCAACAGUUCAAGCCGGCCCUUGAGAUCGGGAUGGAAGAAGAGUCGACCAGUGACGCGUCGACGCCAGAGUCUCCAAAAGAGGCCGAGUCGGACGGAGUUGCGUCGUCCUCCAAGCCGGGCAGCCAGGCCGCGUCGAGCGCCAACCGGCUUCGCUCGGCGGCGCCAGACGACGAACUGGCUCGCAAGGAGAGUGAGCUUGCCGACGAAGACGAAUUUGGGAGUGCCAACUCCGGUGCUGAGGAGGAAGAGGAAACAGAGGAGGUAAAGCACGAGGACAAGGAAGAGGAAAAAGAGGCGGAGGAGCAGGAAGGCGGAGGAGUCUACGGUUACGUGGAGGUCCCCAAAUCUUCAGGAAAAAAACCUGCAGAGGAAAAUGAAAGUGUAGACAAUACCGGCAGCGAGGCUUCUGUAGAACACGCUGAGCAGGAGCGAAACCCAGAGAUGGGAGUUUCAUCACCGAAAAAUGAGCCUUCGCCAUCAAAGCUGGAACCCGCGACCAUGGCGGCUGCCGCGGCAGUUUCGUUGGCGCCCCUCGCCGAGCUCACAAAAGAGCAGGAAGAAGCAGCCGAUAAAGCGAGCGAAGAGAUGGACAAGGACUUGCGUGACCUAGAGUUGACCAGCGUGCAUCUCUAUCCUGAGAGCAGGCUGGUCAUUCUGCUGGCGAUACUCUGCCUAAUCUGGAUCAUAUUCCUGGUGCUUUCCGCAGCGGUCAAGCACGGCCGGCGUCCUCCGGCGUGCGACGAGUCCACGAUACACACUGUUGCUCCAACAACGCGAGAUCAGUGGCCUCCUGUGUGGCCUCCUAUAACGUACAGCACGCAAAAGCCAAAGCAACCACUGACCAAUUCCACCGCAACCACGCAAGAACCGUUGCGAGGGAACUUCAUAUGCUCGAGCGAUUACUGCCGAAAAGAAGGCAACUACUUGCGCGAUUUGACCACUCGGUCCACGAAGGAACCGUGCGAAAACUUUUACGAGCACGUUUGUGGUACCUGGAAGAAGUCGGCCUCCCGGAUGAUUCAAAAGUUUCCAGGGGCAGCAGUCUCCACCGACACUCUGCUGCAAGCGUCAAUGGAAGCUCAGUUGUUGGCCUACAUAAAGGACAGGACGCACGCAGAUGUCACUCCUGCCCGAGCACUGUACGAUAUGUGCAUGAACAGGGGCUCUGCGAACGCUGCGCUCUUGGACACGAAGCAGCUGCUUCACCAGUGGGGUUCGGACUGGCCACAAAAGGAGAGCGCUAACAGCUCUACCGAGGAAGUAUGGCGCUUUGCUGCCAAGCUGAUGCGGGUGCUGGGUGUGCCGUCGCUGGUGGGCAUCGAGAUCGGCCUCGACCCGUGGAACCUCGAAGAGAACAUCAUUGAGGUGGGCCCACCGAGAACAGUGUUCUUCACCAAGGACGUCUCGCAGCCGCGAGUCAUGACGCUCUUCGGUGACGCGACGCGCGCCGCUGCAAAGGCCCUGAACCCGAACGACGCAGGCGCCGCCGACGCGGCAGCCAAGGACGUCAGCAUCGCCUUAGCCAGUAUCUCGCUUCGCCGACUCGACGACCUGGGAACGUCGCCCUUGGACUUCCAGGUGGAUAGGUUAGGUUCCCUGGGGAAAGGCGUGCAGUACUUUCUGCGCACCGUCGUCGACAACGUCGCAACGCUCGAUUCUCGCACCCGGCUUCUGGUGCACCGAAGUCCGCUGUUCCGUCGAGAGCUGGACGAGACCGUGAACAGAUUGCCUCCUCGCGCCAUGCUCAACUACCUGGGCCUGCUGGCUCUCGUGGCGCUGUCCCCAUUUCUGCCUGAGCGAUUGAGUUCCCUCCGCGUGCUCCACUCGGUCCACACGCUUGGACGUGCCGAGGACGGGAGCAACGAGCUCCUGUGCCUGCGCGCGGUGAGCCAGGCGUAUCCAGCCUGCUUGGCAGCGGCGUCGCAUACGCUGUACAAGAACACGCACCGGUCGCUGUGGCUGUCCCAGCUCGAGUCCCUGUUCGUGGGACACGUGCGCAACGUCGUGUGGAUGGACAAUCUGACGUCCCUGUUCGUGCGCUAUAAGAUGCAGCACCAUCGCUUGGCGCGUUUUUUCCCCAUCUGGCCUUUGGGUGACUGCAAUGCCACGACUGGAGCAGCUUCUUCCAAGACCAUCGGCGCUUUCGUGGACGCCGUCAGUCUCCGUCAAACACAGGAGCUUCGACAGCUCCGACAGUCUCCGCUGCAGCCGAGCACUGGCUCCCCGUUGUCCGUGUGGCCUCGGUACCGGCUGUGCCUGCGGUUAUUUCAGAUCCCCGUAGGGCUGGUCAACAAUUCGGUGCCGGCCAGUGGCACCUUCUUCGCGCUGCACCUGUCGCGCGUGGCGGUGCGGUUGUAUGCAGCGCUGGCGCAGCUGCUCUACGAAGGCACCGUGUACGAACGCGAGAUCCCGCUUUAUUUCACGGAGGAGGCGGAGCGCACGCUCGAGGACCUGUUCGACUGUUUGUUGGGCAACGCGCGGCAGGCAUUCCCGCAUGGCCUCCGUGCAGAACGGGUGCGCAACGCUCUGCUGGAACAGGUGUUGGCCCUACAGCUGGGCUUUCUGGCCUUCCGCCGCCUGCUGGCCGUGCGGCGCAUCUGGGCCUUAGACUUCCGCCUGUCGACGCUGCCGGAGGUCUCCUCGGACCAGCUGUUCUUCCUCUACUACGCGCUGGAUCACUGCGAGCUCAGCGACGCCGUGUUCGAGUCGCGCCAAUUCGAGGCCUACCGCCGCCUGCCCUCCGCGGUGCGCGUCAACAUGGCGGUGCGUCAGUCGACGCGGUUCGCACAGGCUUUCCGCUGCCCGCCAAGUUCGCCCAUGGUGGCGGGAGAGCCGUGUCAAGUUCUGCGAUAAGAGGAUGCCAAGCGAUAGACCAGUUGGGCUGCGGGCGAUACUGAUGUGCUUGCUAUAGCGGCAUAUAUAAUCCAAACGAGAAAGACGGUGGCGUUUGUGCAUUGACGUGUAGCUGUGGUUGCCAGAAUUAAUGUAACAAAAAUAUACUUGAAAAUGCUAAGGCUGUGAUUUCCGGACUCUCACCGCCAUGUUGUUGACAUUUGUGGUUUGAAAUGAACGUUUUCAAUUUCAAAGUGAAGUGGAGAAGUGAACUGCAACCUAGAGCUUCGCUUUUGUUAGUGCAACUCGUGGUCUUCGCACGCCGCACAAUGCAUCUCGACGCAAAUGUUUCCCGUGUACCCUUGCUGCGCAACAUGGCGAAGAGUAGCGAAGCUGAGAAGAUUUAAUUUUGAAUUAUAGCUUUGGGCCGAAAGGAUUGUAUGACAUAAUACGCUAUGGCAAUAUAUCCACGUGGUGGCACAAUAGCUGCCGUUUUGUCUCAUUUUUCCGAACAUGUUUAUCAGCCUGGACGAGAUGAUUAAACCGUCUUCGUCGCACGCUGAAUAAUAAAAUCUGACGACUGUUCGCUGUAA